GGAAGCUGUUUAAAAAUAGCGAUACGAAACUACGAAUGUACUUAAUUUGCAUUUACAAAACUUAAAAUUGGACUUAAGUGCUCAAAUUGCUAUUGGCAUAGCAAUAACAAUUGUUAGAAAUGUGAUGUAGACUUGAAUUAAGAAGUUCAAAUAUUGACUCACAAUUUUUUGUAAACAAGGGAUUUUUAAAGAAACAUGUUACAUAAUUGUGAAGAAGAUUCUGGGCGAAGUUCCUGCUCAGCUUCAGGUGGCUUGAGUCCAAUUAUUGACAAGAUGAAUUUUGACUCAUCUCCAAUUGAUUUAUCAAAAUUGAAGCAUAUGAAAAGACAUUCAAAAGACUUCAGUAGUAAUACUGAUCUAAAAGUCAGCAACCGUCCAAGAAGUUUUGUAAGCCUAUUGAAGUCUCCAGAUGAAAAAGACCCUUUUCCGAGCUACAGGCUGCCCAGAAAUCACAGACAACCUGUUCUUAAUCUAUUUAAUGCUUCAAGACGAGGAGGACUUAGUACUGCACACUCUACUUUAGAUAUAGCAAGCAGUACUCAAAUAGAAACAGCAGAGCCCAGAUUACAUAAUAACACUCUAUCAAUGAACGCUAUUCUGAAAAAUGACUUUGUUCAUAAAAAUACAUGUAAAACUAUGAAUUUCAGACGAGGGAAACCUGUUCAAAGGGCAGCUUCUCGACUUUAUAAAGCUGACAGUGAUGUCAAAGGCAAAGAAGGAUGCACCGGUCCAGAGUUUAUUGUGAGAGCUUCACAAUCUCCCAGGAAGUUAGAUCUGACGCUUUCGGCUAAUUCUGAUCGAAAAAUUAUAAACGUGGUGUUGCUUAAUGGCCAACAAUUUGAAGUGACUUGUGACUCAAACAUCAUAACCGCCGGCCAACUCUUUGAAGCUUUAAUACACAGUGAGAAAUAUGAACACAAUUUCAUGUUAGGUAUAGCUGCUUUGAUUGGUGGAGAUUUUGUUUUCUUACCAGAUGACUAUAAAUUAAAAAAGCUAGCUCCAGAUGGCUGGCACAAAGCAAAUUGUAAGAAGAACAAAAUAUUAGUAGAAGAUGACUCUAUGACUGUGUUCUUGAGGAUAAAAUUCUUCCUCCCAAAGAACAUAUCAAAUAAUAUUCAAGAUGGGGAGUGGCAGUACAGAGUGUAUUUACAACUGAGAAGAGCUACUGUUGAAGGUCAAUUAACUUCAACUAUACAGAAUCUUGUACUGUUAACUGGUUAUGCCUUGCACGUUGAAUUUGGUGAGUUUUCCUACAGAGAACAUGGAAGUGCAGAUUAUUUUUUACUAGAACAUUAUUUACCUGAAACAGUUAUUACAAAUAAUAUGGCUGAUAUUAAAUUGCGCAUGAAAAGAGCUCAUGAAUCUCGACAUGGAUUAGAUAGGAAUAAAGCUAUUAUCAACUUCAUUACGCUAGCUCAAACGUUUCGCGAUUAUGGAGCUCAUUUCUACUCUGCAGUGUGGUCUACUCGCGAUGGCUUCUGUAGGGAUGUGUGGCUAUCCAUUGGUCCACGAGGAAUUACCAUCUAUUCUCGAUACAAUCAGAUGUCUAUCGAAUCAUGCUCAACUAACCGCAUUGUGCUCCAAUGCCUGCCUUGGCAUCAUAUACGCACAUUUUAUUACAACAAAAAGAGCCUUUAUAUAAUUCCGAACUCAUAUUCUGGUCUAUCCAAAAUUGGGAUAAAGUACAAGCUUAAAAUGACAGAUAACAAGAGUUAUUUUUCAUUUUGGUUAGCUUCAUUGCACCACAGAUUGUAUUUGAAGCUUUAUGCUAAGGAAGACUUUAUAAACUAUUUGGCUGAUGAACUUAAUUGUGCAAUAAACCAAGAGGGAAGUCCUAAGAAAGUGGAAUGUAGCAACUAUCAAGACAGCUAUAAUCUAGCAGUAAGAAAUCCUAUUAGGUCAAAACGGCCUAUGCGACGAAGAUUUAAAAUGGAUAUUUUUGGUGACAAAAACAAAGAAAAUGAGAAGCCUAACACAGAAGAACUAUUAAGGCAAGUGCUUUCUCCACUGCACAGUGAAGAAAAUUUGCUAAACACAUCCACCAUGGACCUUCACCGUGAAAACUCUUCAAAUGAAUGCCUUUCUUCUUCAGAAAGCUGUAGCUUACCAAAAAGACACGGUGUCAAAAUGGGAACAAGAGUUUUUAAUGGAAUGAAACCGUUUAAUAAGUACGGACAAACAUCACCGCCCAACAACUACACUAACCAUCAUAGGUCUGAUGAAAUUGUAACUACCCAAAGUGACUCUGAUGAUUUUAGUCUAGACAGAAAACAGUGUACUAUAAACAGUAUGAGAUUGUUACCAGAAAGACAUUACAAUACCAGUUUAUCAAAUAUACCUACAGCAUAUGUAUUGGAGUCUCCCAAAAUAUACCCAGAAAACCAUUGCUAUAUAGCUUCAAACGAUUCUUGUCUUACUACAUCACUGUUUGAAAGGCUAGAUAAUAUGGAGUGUGUACAGGGCGAAAGACUGUUUGUUACCGCUGUUUUGCAAAGAGACCAAAUGAAUGCUUUAGGGCUGCAGGUAGCAGAAGGGUCUGAUGGUAACGUGUAUAUUAAGUCGAUCACAUCAGGAAGUCCAGCAGAUGCUUGCAAAAAAUUAUUACCCGGGGACCAAAUCAUAUCUGUGAAUGGUAAGACACUGUUGAAUAUAAAAUACGACAAAGCUCUUGAAAUGCUGCAAUCCGCCCCGCAAACAGUCGAACUUAUAGUCCUGCAAAACUCUCAGAAAUAUAGCCACAUAAGUACGAUUGAAGCUGAUACUAGUGAAACAGAUAUUUGUAAAAUAAGUGGCAGUAUCGGCAGUGCCUUAGACACAGAAAUAACUGAUGAUGAAUUGCUUAAUGAAGAAGCACUGAAAACUAUUUACGCGCUAAUAAAAUUCACAAAAGAAAAAGUAAUAAAUAGAAUUAAAGAAAAGCCAACCAGACAAAAUUCACCCAAUGAAAGAAGCUUAUAUAAAAGUUCCUCCGAGAAUAAAGUGUAUGAAGAAAAUGACCUAGGAACUUGUUCGUCCCAAGAAGACACACCACAAAAGAAAAAUAAGUUCGAUACGUGGCGCAGCUGUGUUUCGGACAGCAGACCAAGAAGAAGACCUUUGAGCUUGAGUAUACCGAAAGAAAUCAAUUUUGAUCGCUAUUUAGAUGAAAAUAAUAAGAUCAAAAAGUCAUCUCUGGUUUGCUUGCAAUCAGGACCGAGCGGCCCUAGUGACGAUGACAGUAACUCAGUUAAAAAUGUUGCUUUACCGCGAAAUUUCGGGCUGAGUCGAAAGUGGGUCGGUCCCGUGAGAUACCCCGUGACUCCGUGUAAGAAUGUCGCCCCCGAAGCUGGGGCAGCUUCAAGAUCAGACGGCGACGUUACGAGAAGGCACUUCGUCUACGGCAUUGGCGACUCUGACGAAGAUCAGAUAUUUUUAUAAAGUUGUUAUUUUUGCUAAAAUGUUUAUUAUCACAUAUACUUACGUUAUGUAGAUACAUAGGUUUAUAUAAAUAUUUGCAGAGAAUAUAAUCUUGGUACCAGGGCCAAAGUAAAACUGCCUAGAGACGGAUCUGUGGGUCCAGAAAAAAAUUAUUAUCCUGAAAUGUGACUUGAAUUGAUUCACCGUCAGAUAGUUCGUGAGCUGACGACGAAUUGUAGGAAGAUAUUUUCGGCAAUUUGAUGAUAUACACAAACGGUACCUAUUUUAUCGAUGUUAACAUGUUUUUUAAUCGCGAAACAGAAGACUUGCGGGUAUUUGGUACCGCAUAUCAUAUGACAUUCCUCUAAAAUAAAUAAAUAAAAUAUUUAGGCA